CCUAGACAUGGAGGAGAAGGACUACGGCGAGGCCGACGGCCUGUCAGAGAGGACCACACCUAGCAAGGCUCAGAAAUCGCCCCAGAAGACUGCCAAGAAGUACAAGAGUGCCAUCUGCCGAGUCACUCUGCUCGAUGCCUCUGAGUAUGAGUGUGAGGUGGAGAAACAUGGCCGGGGCCAGGUGCUGUUUGACCUGGUCUGUGAGCACCUCAACCUCCUGGAGAAGGACUAUUUUGGCCUGACCUUCUGUGAUGCCGACAGCCAGAAGAACUGGCUGGACCCCUCCAAGGAAAUCAAGAAGCAGAUCCGGAGCAGUCCUUGGAAUUUUGCCUUCACAGUCAAGUUCUACCCCCCUGACCCAGCCCAGCUGACAGAAGACAUCACGAGAUACUACCUGUGCCUGCAGCUGCGGGCAGACAUCAUCACAGGCCGGCUGCCCUGCUCCUUUGUCACGCAUGCCCUGCUGGGCUCCUACGCCGUGCAGGCUGAGCUGGGUGACUAUGAUGCUGAGGAGCAUGUGGGCAACUAUGUCAGUGAGCUCCGCUUCGCCCCUAACCAGACCCGGGAGCUGGAGGAGAGGAUCAUGGAGCUGCACAAGACAUACAGGGGCAUGACCCCAGGAGAAGCAGAAAUCCACUUCCUAGAGAAUGCCAAGAAGCUUUCCAUGUAUGGAGUAGAUCUGCACCAUGCCAAGGACUCUGAGGGCAUUGACAUCAUGUUAGGGGUCUGUGCCAAUGGUCUGCUCAUCUACCGGGACCGGCUGAGAAUCAACCGCUUUGCCUGGCCCAAGAUUCUCAAGAUAUCCUACAAGAGGAGUAACUUCUACAUCAAGAUCCGGCCUGGGGAGUAUGAGCAGUUUGAGAGCACAAUUGGCUUUAAGCUCCCAAACCACCGGUCGGCCAAGAGACUGUGGAAGGUCUGCAUCGAGCAUCACACGUUCUUCCGGCUGGUGUCCCCUGAGCCCCCACCCAAGGGCUUCCUGGUGAUGGGCUCCAAGUUCCGGUAUAGUGGGAGGACCCAGGCACAGACCCGCCAGGCCAGUGCUCUCAUUGACCGGCCUGCACCCUUCUUUGAACGUUCUUCCAGCAAACGGUACACCAUGUCCCGCAGCCUUGAUGGAGCAGAGUUCUCCCGCCCAGCCUCAGUCAGUGAGAACCACGAUGCAGGGCCUGAUGGUGACAAGCGGGAGGAGGAUGGCGAGUCUGGGGGGCGGCGGUCAGAGGCCGAGGAGGGAGAGGUCAGGACCCCCACCAAGAUCAAGGAGCUGAAGCUGGAGCAGGAAACCACGCCGAGACACAAGCAGGAGUUCUUAGACAAGCCAGAGGACGUCUUGCUGAAGCACCAGGCCAGUAUCAAUGAGCUCAAGAGGACCCUGAAGGAGCCCAAUAGCAAACUGAUCCACCGGGACCGAGACUGGGAGCGGGAGCGCAGGCUGCCCUCCUCGCCUGCUUCCCCCUCCCCCAAGGGCACCCCUGAGAAAGCCAAUGAGAGAGCAGGGCUGAGGGAGGGCUCAGAGGAGAAAGUCAAACCACCACGUCCCCGGGCCCCAGAGAGUGACACAGGAGAUGAGGACCAGGACCAGGAGAGGGACGCAGUGUUCCUGAAGGACAACCACCUGGCCAUUGAGCGCAAGUGCUCCAGCAUCACAGUCAGCUCCACAUCCAGCCUGGAGGCGGAGGUGGACUUCACGGUUAUUGGUGACUACCAUGGCAGCGCCUUUGAAGACUUCUCCCGCAGCCUGCCCGAGCUUGACCGAGACAAAAGUGACUCAGAAACCGAGGGCCUGGUGUUCUCCCGGGAUCUCAAGGGGGCCGCCAGCCAGGAUGAUGAGUCUGGGGGCAUAGAGGACAGCCCAGAUCGAGGGGCCUGCUCCACCCCGGAUAUGCCCCAGUUUGAGCCUGUAAAAACGGAAACCAUGACUGUCAGUAGUCUGGCCAUCAGAAAGAAGAUUGAGCCAGAGGCUGUACUGCAGACAAGAGUCACCACUGUGGACAAUGCCCAGGUUGAUGGGAGUGCCCCAGUGGGAAAGGAGUUCAUAACAACCACUCCCUCCAUCACCACGGAGACCAUAUCAACCACCAUGGAGAACAGUCUCAAGUCCGGGAAGGGGGCAGCUGCCAUGAUCCCAGGCCCACAGACGGUGGCCACGGAAAUCCGUUCUCUUUCUCCGAUCAUCGGGAAAGAUGUCCUCACCAGCACCUACGGCGCCACCGCGGAAACCCUCUCAACCUCUACCACCACCCAUGUUACCAAAACUGUGAAAGGAGGAUUUUCUGAGACGAGAAUCGAGAAGCGAAUCAUCAUUACUGGGGAUGAAGAUGUCGAUCAAGACCAGGCCCUGGCUUUGGCCAUCAAGGAGGCCAAACUGCAGCAUCCUGACAUGCUGGUAACCAAAGCUGUCGUAUACAGAGAAACAGACCCAUCCCCAGAGGAAAGGGACAAGAAGCCACAGGAAUCCUGACCUCCGUGAAGAGAUGCUGGCAUUUCUGGUCCAACCCAAGCCAGAGAACCGUUAAGAAGGGGCCUUCAUUCUGGAUUCUCCGACAUAACACCGACGUCCCAGCUGCGACGUACUGUCACUGAUGAGAGACUGGGAAGGGAAAAGCAUAUAUAUAUAUAGAUAUAUAUAGAUAUAGAUAUAUAUACAGGAAACACCGCGUCCUUGCACUGCUGCUGGGGCUGGCAGAGCUGUCAGCCGACAGCAACAACCAACAUCUGAACACCUACAUUUCCUUUGCAGACAACUAGAAGAAUUGGUGGGAUUUUUCAGGAAAAAAAUAUUAUAACGACCAUGAUCCCCCUCCUCUGCCAAACAACAAAAGCAAGCCAGACCACGAUGAUUGUAGAAGCAUCAUACGACCCCGGUUCUGCGCAUCACAGUUAGUGGACGAACUUUCCAUUUGUUCUUCUCCAGCGUCUGUUGCCCACUUGAAUGCAAAGGAAAACACUCAUGCAGCAAAGCAAGAGAAGUUGCAGCAGCAAGACACGCACAGUCAACCAUUUUCCAAGAAAGAAAGAAAAUUCCCCACUUGGAAAGGAGGAGGGGGAACACUGGAUUAUUAUUUUCUGGGUCGUGACACUGGGCUGCAGAAUCCACCUUCCUUUCCUCUGCCUCUGCUCCCCCUCGCCUCUCACAUGUCUUGUGUCAUCUUCUGUCUCGGUUCCCUUUCCCUCUCCCCCUGCCCUCCACCCCUGACCCUCUGUGUCCUGGUCCUAUUGAGGGCCACUGCAGAUGACUCAUUUGAAAGGAGAAAAGGAAUAGGAAAGAAAGCAAGAACAGAAAACUAAGCCACAGGAAGAGAAGUAGACAUUGUAUGUUUAUGGUUUCUCAUGAAGGUGCAGCUUGUAGGAGAUUUGUAUGGAUGUGCUUUUAAGUUAUGUAUAUUAUAUAUAACAGGAAACAAAUAUUAAAAAUAAACAGUGCUGGUAAGUAUGAAGCUGACAUUUUAAAAUUAUAAUUAUCUGACUGUGAUCAGUGUAUCCCAGCAUUCCUGGGUCUCACUGAACUGACCCAGCUAAGGAGGUCUGGGCCCUGGGUGUGGGUUGGCUCACAGCAGGGGCCGACGUGUUCGGUAUAGUAAUACUAUGUGUGGUGUUUGUAAUUGGUCGAUUGGUGGGGAGGAGUGGGGACUGCAAAUGGAGAGCUGGAGGUUUGGCAAGAAGGAAGAAACACAGAUGUUGUCUGGACGUGUCGGUCCAAGAUGCCCUCUCCCCGCUGGGCAAUAGCAGUCAGGGCCUGGUCUGUGCUCAGGCUUGGGGUCCAGAGUUAGGACCCUGCUGCUGCGGUCCCCUGGCUCAGUCCUCCUACCUCCCUAGAGGGCUUGCCUUGGUUUUCAGUCUUCUCUUUAUUUUAUUUUAUUUCACCGUGUCUUUCCCUAUCACAUGGUAAUAUUUAACUCCAUAUCGAAAGGGAGGUGGUCCCCUUGGCUGCAGUGGAAGAUGGUGGCUUUAACCUAGCUAUCUGAAAAUUCCCAGCUCAGUCUUUUCCUGUACCCCCUUCCAUAUUCUGAAUCAUUCUCUUCUUCCUGGGCCAAAGUAGCCAUGGUAAAGAGGCCAUGAACACAGGGCAGGCUCUGAUAGGUCAAGAGCACAUUUCCAAAGGCCUUGCCUGCCCCAGAGCAAGCUGGGCGAUGCUGCCCAAAGGCACCCUCUCUGUAUGAGACCCUGGAGUCCUCCCCUUCGGUCUGCAUCUGAGCUCUGAGCCUGUUCCCUCGUAGUCCCAGAAGUUGCCUCAAGACCACAGGAGUCCUUAGAGAAGACCCUGUCGUAAGCUAUGUGUUGUCCUCUCACCCAUGUGCCUGCCACAAGCUACUUCCCUGAGCUCAGCAAGUAUCCCUUCGUGAGGGAAUAUGUCCCACUGCACUUUAAUUUCCCAGUCCCAUUUCAUGUCCCAGUCCUGCUUCUAAAACAGUCAAUAAAUUCAUUCAACAGAUAUUUAUUGAGUACCUGCUUGUGCUAGGUGCUAUUCUUGGGCCAAAGGAGAAAGGCGGGGGGGGGGGGUGCUGGGAAGCCAUCUGAGCCAGCCUUGCAUCUCCAACCAGGGCUGGCCCAUCUGAGAGCACUUCCCCACUCUCCAACCCGUUGGGCAUUGCCCAGGGAUGCCCUCCCCUCAAGAUGACCCAGGCUAGAGGCAUCCCCUUGGCUUGCUCGUCAGUUACCCUGACCACAUACACCUUAGCUGAGAGCAGCGUUUGCCUCUGUAGGCAAAUGGGAGAUUGAGUGGAUCUCUCAGACAGGAGAGUCAGACCGCUUCUCUGACUCAGUCACUGACUCUCCGAGUCCAGCAGCACGCUUUCCGUGCACCAGGUUCUUUUCACACCCUGGUGGAGAAGCCACACUUUCCCUUUCAUUCUACCAAGCAACUCACUCCAGGUCACCUUUCUUCCUGCCCUUGUCCACUUGAGAGCUCACAUUCCUGGGCCAAGAGCUGGAGUGGGGGUGGCCAAGAGUUGGAAUGUGGCUCAAGUGUCCCUGUCUAUGUGGGAACCAGGUGUCCUGAGCACACUGGACACACCUCAAAGGGAGGAGCUUUGUUCUGGGUCUUGCACCUGCCUACAGACCCUGGGCGUGUGGCUUCAGGGCAGGAAUUGAUAUGUCUGGACUUAGCUUGUGGGCCACCAGGGUUUGGGGAGAUCUCCACCCCACGGAUGCUCGGACGGUCUUUCCACAGAGAGGCAGGCAGUGCCACCAGGGAGGAGGGGACCUGCAAAGCUAAAAUCUAGGGCACUGUUUCCUCCCCAUCCUCCUCUUCCUAGAGAAUAGAGAUGUUUGUCUUGUCUGUCUUCAACCUACUUUUUUCUUUUUUAUGUUUCUCAUCCUCUCUGUGCUGCCUCCACCCAGGAAGCCAUGUAGCCUAGUGGGAAAAGUCCCAGAGAGCAGUCAGAAGUUCUGGGUGACCAUCCUGACUCAGCCCCCUAACUCACCAUGUGACAUCAGGCUAGUCCCAUUCCCAAAAGGGCCUCAGUUUCUCACUUGCAAAAUGAGCAGGGCAAACCAGAUGCUCUCCAGGGCCUUUUUCCACUCUGCCAUUUUAUAGAUCUUUGUUUUCUCUUAUUUUGCUUUCUUUGGAUCUUUUCCGUUUGAGGGUACAGGAAGUGUUAGGACCUGUUUCAGUUUUUGAAUCCUGCAAGCACAUUCCAAGACUGGCCUGAAAUUGCAUGAGUAACAUCACUCUAAAUAAUUUUUUUUUUCAAAAGCACCUUACCAACCAACUGCGAUGCUGUCCUGUUCCUUUUUACUCAUACCCCUCUCCUCUCUCGUCCCCAUGCUCCCCCACCUCAGUGCUCUGUGCUGUAUGCGUGUGCUCUCUGUUCUUGUAUACUCAAUAAAAGUGAAAUAAAUGUGUUUGAUGCUGAACCACACA